AUGUUUAAACUGGGAUGCGGUGGAUUUGUAAAAAGUCAUGCCAGCAUAGACUUUUCUAAAAUUGAAAUCGGCUUAUAUACUAGAGAUGGUAGCCUCAAAGAGAAGACUGAGUGCGCGCCCACAAAUGGUUACUAUUUCUUACCGCUAUACGAAAAGGGUGAAUAUGUUUUAAAAGUUCAUCCGCCCGCUGGCUGGAGUUUUGAGCCAUCGCAGGUAGAAUUAGACAUAGACGGUGAGACCGAUCAGUGUUCGAUCGGCCAAGACAUCAACUUCGCAUUCAAUGGAUUCGGUAUAACCGGAAAGGUGAUCACCGCCGGUCAGGUCAGCGGCCCGAGCGGUAUCAGUAUACAGCUUGUGAAUGAGAAAGGAGAGACUAGAAACACAGUUACAACUUCUGGUGGAGAUUUCCAUUUCACUCCAGUAAUACCUGGAAAGUAUGUUGUUAAAGCAUCUCACCCUCGAUGGAAGUUGGAGCCCGCACAGACAGUUGUGCAAGUGAAGGAAGGUAACACCGCUUUGCCUGUGGGUGUGUUAGCUGUUAAAGGCUAUGAUGUUUCGGGUUCCGUGUUGUCAUUUGGCAGCCCCCUGGGUGGAGUUCAUGUACUACUUUACUCUAAAGAGGAGAGGCCUAAGUUCCGAGUGGAGGGUUGUAAGACUGCACUUCUUCAAGGUGUUCCGGACGCUCCUAUUUGUUAUUCAGUGACUGAUGCUAACGGGGAGUUUAAGUUUGGUCUGGUGCCCGCCGGAGAGUAUAAACUACUGGCCUUGGCCAAGACACCGGGACAGACCUUCCUCACAUACAACAUCAAGCCUGAUUCAGUGCCUUUCAGUGUUCUUCAUGAUAGCUUGUAUAUUAAAAAUGCUUUUGAGAUUAUGGGAUUCUCAAUCGUGGGAUCGGCUCUCUCAGCUCCGAGUGGGAAUGGUGUUGCAGGAGCUCAGGUGUUGUUGUCGGGACAAGCGGUCACCACCACCGACAAGAAGGGACACUUCACACUCAGUGGACUGAAGCCAGGGGAAUACUCACUGAACUUACAACAUGAGCAUUGCAGUUGGGAUGAGAAGCAGCUAUCAGUGAGUGCGGGCGGUGUGGGGACUCCGCUGACGGUGGUGGCGGCGAGAUGGAAGGUGUGCGGGUCAUUGACCCCGCCCGAAUCACGAGUCGUACAGCUGAGGGGACCAAAGGACGAGGACAUCGCUACUAAAGAUGAUGGUACUUGGUGCACCCUGCUGCCCCCAGGUUCAUACUCAGCCCGUGUGUCAGUCACCGAGCAGGAGCAGAGGGACGGCCUUCAGUUCUAUCCGGAAGUGCAGCAGGUGUCGGUGGGUGGCGCGCCCGUCAGCGGAGUCUCCUUCAGCCAGGUCCGAGCGCGGGUGAGAGGCUCCGUGGACUGCGCCCCGUACUGCCGCGGUCUGAAGGUGGCGCUCCGCCCCCUCACCGCCGACGGGACCUACGCUGGUCCGCCACGAUAUGCGAACAUCGUCGACGGAGCGUACACGUUCGAGGAGGUGGUCCCCGGCAGCGUGGAGGUGUCUGUGGUGGAGGAGGGGGAGGGCGGGGGUCGUCUGUGUUGGAGGCAGGCGGCGCACAACGUGGUGGUGGCGCAGGACCUGCCGCCCGUCACUGAGUUCACACUCACCGGCCUGAGACUAGCCAUCACCGCCUCGCACGACAUGGAGAUAGAGUACUCGUCGGUCCACUCGUCGGGCGUGGUGCGUGUGUCAGCGGGUGUGAGCCAGGUGUGUGUGCCGCCCGCUCCCCGCUACACGCUCACCGCCCGCGGCUGUCACCGUGUGUCGCCCCCUACCGUCGACGUGGACAUGCAGGGAACUGACAUGCCGAGCGCAUCAUUCAAGGCGACAGCGCACGCGUCUACCAUCACGAUUUCAUCUCCUGAGCGCGCUACAGACGUGAGGCUGCACGUGACCACGGACGGCGGGCCGGCCACCGUGGAGCUGAGGCCCGAGGCCAGCGGCGACGGGUUUAUAUACACACACACCAUGUACCUGGCUGAGGGCGAGGUAGCGUCCGUGCUGAUGGAGUCGUCGUCGCUGCUGUCGGUGCCGGGUGGGCGGCAGCAGGUGGUGGGCGCGGCGGGCUGCUCCAAGGCGCUCGCUCUCAGGGCGGUCCGCGCGAGGAAAGUCAUGGGACGAGUCGUACCUCCCGUGGAAGGAGUCACCAUCACGCUGCAGGGAGGUGACGUAAAGCUAUCCCAAGUGACCAAGGCCGAUGGUCUAUACAGCUUCGGUCCGCUGGACGCGUCCGUGUCGUACAGCGUGACGGCCGAGAAGGAGUCGUACGUGUUCAGUGAGGUGGAGCCCUCAGGAGACGUGCGCGCGCACCGCCUGGCGGAGAUACAAGUACAGCUGGUCGACGACAACGACAACCAGCCGCUAGAGGGGGCGCUGGUGUCCAUCUCGGGCGGCUCGUUCCGUCUGAACGCCCUGUCAGUAGAGGGCCGGGUGGCGGCUCGCUCGCUGGCCCCCUCCUCCUACUACGUGAAGCCUCACAUGAAGGAGUACCGCUUCCAGCCGCCCCACACGCUGCUGGACGUGGCCGACGGACACACGCACACGCUCACCUUCAGAGGUGUCCGCGUGGCGUGGUCGGCGGUGGGUCGCGCCGUGUGUGUGGGCGGCGCCGGCGUCCCGGGGCUGGCCCUCCGCGCCGUGGGGGAGGGCGCCUGUCACACGCAGGAUGCUGUGUGUGACCAGGAGGGGUACUUCCGUAUCCGCGGCCUGGUUCCCGGGUGUACGUACUCCAUCCAAUUAAAAGAAUCUUCGGAGCCGGCGCGGUUAGCGGACACUCCGCUCGUCAUUAAGAUGUCAGAGCGUGACGUGGUGGGUCUGCGCGUGAUAGUGACCCAUCCACCGCAGGUGUCCGAUACACUGGUACUCACUCGCUGUUCCAACCCCGACCACUACAAGACACUCCGCCUCACCCUGAGCCGCGAGUCCUCAUCUCCUGUAUUCUCCACCAAGCUGGACGCUGCGGGCUACUCGCAGGUCAAUAACCCCGGCCUGCUGUACCCGCUGCCCCGCCUGCCGGCCGAUAAUAACUCUUAUGUGAUCACCUUAGAGUCCACUCUGUCCAAGGUCACUCACUCGUAUGACGAGCCCGUCUACUACUUCGUGUCGGACGGCAGCUUCCGGUAUUUCGAGAUCAAUUUUGAUCCCAAGGUGAAGUCUUCAGAGCAAGAGCUCCGUCAGUCGUCGCUGCUGCUGUUGCCGCUGCUGGGCGCGUUAGUGAUGCUGUACAUACAGAGACACCGACUGCUGGCCCUCAUACCUGAACCCAUUAAAAAAGUACCGCGGAAGAAGACGCAGUAG